AUGGAAAAUAAAACGUCGAAGAGACAAGCUACUCCAAGGACUAUAAAAUGGUUACAUGAAAACUACAUGCUAUCUGAGGGGGUGUGCAUCCCAAGAAGCGCACUCUAUGUUCACUAUCUGGAUUUCUGCUGUCGUUCUGUAAUUGUUCCAAUCAACGCUGCAAGCUUUGGCAAGGUAAUCAGACAGCAGUUUCCACAAAUUACCACCAGACGUCUUGGAACACGGGGACAAUCCAAAUACCAUUAUUAUGGAAUAGCGGUACGGGAAUCCUCUAUGUACUACGAAUCAACACUGUCUAAGAAGGAGAAGUCUGGCCCCGUACAGGAACCAAUAAAGAAGGAAACAAACCGAAACACAAUGGUGUAUUCGCAUAGGACGAAGCUGGGCUGUCUCCUGCCGGAGUUCCCCGAGGCAGAAGGACUGAGCUUCCCAUUAGACGUCAGCAAAGAUUUAGUAGCGACAUUCUUAGUCAUGUAUCGCACACACUGCCAGCGGAUCUUAGAUACGGUUAUCCGGGCAAACUUCGAUGAAGUUCAACACUAUUUGCUUCAUUUCUGGCACGGAAUGCCUGCACAUGUUCAACCGAUACUCGGUUCGGAUCGAGUUGCUCGGUUAAUUGGAAUAUGCGAUUCUCUUCUUUACAAGGCAGUAUCCACAGUGUUAAUGCCUGGUCUACUACAACCACUGCCGGAGAGCCUCGGCCAUGUGAUACGAUGGUUUUCAAAAGAACUCCAGACUUGGCUGAAGAGGGCGCUGCAUGGGUUACCGACCUGCCUCCAAGUCGCUAAACUAGAAGUAUUAGACAAUACCAGGGACUACUGUGUAGCAGAGCCAGUGGCAUGGUCGAGUAAGCUGACUGUACGAAGUCAGACGGUCUGGUUGUUUGGAGGUGCAUGA